AUGCCUUGCAUACAUGCACUUGUUGCCAUUAGGAAGAGACGCGACCAGCCACAAGACUAUGUGCACCCUUGGCUGUGUAUGGAGUCCAUUAGGAGGACUUAUGCACACUGCAUUCAACCAAUGCCAAGCUCAGAGUUCUGGGCCAGAACUGAAUUCACACAGCCAGACCCACCCAUCAUCAAAAGAGGGAUUGGGCGGCCAAAGGUUCAUAAUCGGCAGAAAGACCCUGCAGAGCCUCUGAUGCAAGGGGGUAAGCUGAAGAAGUCGUUCUCUGUGUCUUACAGCAAGUGUGGUGAGAAGGGCCAUAAUUACAAAACUUGCAAAGGAGCACCAUCGAACCCGAAUUGGAAACCGAAAACCAAAAGGCCUAAGAAGAAAAAAGAGAGCACAUCCCAAGCAGUUGUCUGUCUCCCUUUGUCACAGUUUGCUCCACCACCAGAGGUUCCGAGCGGAGCUGGUCCAACUGCGACGAACGUUGCACCUGCUCCAACAAGAGUUACAAGAUCAACAAUUGUAUUAGGACCACCUGCCCCAACGGGUUCCAGUGGCAGGCCACCCGCCCCAAGUUUAAACCAGUCCUUUAGGCCCCCAGGAAAUGCUCCAUCCAUGGUCACCGGCACAGCUCGACCUAAACCGUCAAAGUUCAGAUCAAAACAGAAGAUUUUCAGGCCACCUGCUCAACUUGGUCAAGGGCCACCACCAUGUAGCACACAGCACCAAGAACCAGUUCACCAAGCACCAUCUAGCACGCAGGCAGCUGCACAGCCUCAGCAGGCCCCACCCCCACAACUAUCUAAACCAACUGUCUCACCGUCCAAGGACUCCAAGGAAUGA